CACUAUAAAUACCUAUCCCCUUCCUUUAGACCGCCAAAAUUCAAUUCAAUUCUAUUCCCAAAGAAGUCCGUUGCAUUUUGCUCUCUCUCUCUCUCAAAGUGAAAUGCACCUCAACGUCGACUACUUCUCUCCGAGCGAAAACCUAGAACCCCCGACCUUCCUCCGCCUCCCAGUCCCUCACCUCCCUCCUCCCACUCUCUCCACCCUCCCUGAUCUCAUCCCCUUCCUCUCGCCCAUCGACUUCUCACUCCGAAUCCACCAUUUUCCCAUCGACUCCGCUCUCUCUAACUUCUCCUCCGCCGUUCUUCCUCAAAUUAUCGACGAUUCCGAUCUCGGAAACUUUGACGUCAGUGUUCCGUCUUGGAGUGGAAAAGCCUUCUUCGACGAGAAUUGGCUUGUGCAGCAAGAAAACGGUAUUUUCUCCAAAAAGAGGGAAGUGGAUGGCCAAACAACUUUUGGAUACGAAACUCUAGAGAGUGUAUUGGCAAAAAAGGCUAAUGGAAUUGCUGUUGAUGAUAAGGAUGCAAGCAGAUAUGAUGUUAUCCAAUUUGAAACACCAGAGCUGGAUGCAUUGUUGGAAAAUGUCUGUUUUUUUGAGGAAGAGGAUGUACAAAUUCUGUCUGGAGAUCCAGAAAUUGAAAAUUGUCUGGAAAUGCUUAGGCAAGAGUUAAGAAUGCAGGACCCUUGUGAAGUUCAAGGACUGAUUUAUUCAGUUGAAGAUGUUACGUCAAAAUACACCAUGGAGCAAAAGGCUUAUGUCUUGGAAGAUGAUGGUUCUGUUCAGGAUCAAAUAUGCUUUCAUCAAAGCCUUUUUCCUUCUCUAGAAGUUGAUGAGACAAGUUUGGGAACUUUGACGUGCUUGUCUAUAGAGGAAGAACUUCUUUCACUUCUUGAAAACACUGAACACCUAAGUUGGCUUCAGAAAGAUAACAUGGUCAACAAUGUUGAGGAACUUUUUGGGUCUAGGGCAUAUGAUAUAUCGCAGUUUCUUCCAGCUCAUUGUUUAUCAAAGGAUUGCCCUGAUCAUGAGUUGGCAUCCAUGGAAAAUCUCCCUGAAAUGGACUUCAUAAGCAUGGUGGAACAUUCACAGAUUCAAGGAAACCCCUCAUGUAAAGGGAAAUCACAACUUGACUGUUUAUUGGCAGUGAGUCCUGUAAUUUUUCAAGAAUUUCAGUUUCUUGAUGUGGACUCAUCUCAACUUUUCGGGGCUGUCUUUAACAGACAGACGGCAUAUGAACCAGAAACGUGUGAUUGGUUGUUCACGGAAGACAUGAACUUUAAAAAUUUCAAUGAAUUGAUUGUUAGUUAUGAGCUAGCUUUGGUUGAUAACACAUUCAAAUCAUUGCCUGUACCUCUUUUCUCUGAUGAUGAAAAGACAAGGUCACUGUGCUCCAUUAUUGAGGAUAAACUAGCUGGCUUAGAACAACUGCCUCGAUCUGCAUCUGAUGAGAUAUACUUGGAUUGGCAUCUUUUGGAGGAAGAUAAAUGCAACUCUAGAAUUUAUUCUUCCUAUCAUAGUAUGUUGGAGGAUGUAGAUUCACCUACCUUUGAUUUUGAUUUGGGGUCUUUUGAUGAUGGGAAGUUGUUAUUUGAAAUUGUUUUCUCAGAUAAUGUUUUGAAUAGGCCAAAGACAGAAGAAAAGAAGGAAUCGUUAAACUUGCUUCAUCAUGGCAUAUCUGUGUCAACUGCUCAUGAUGUGGGAGGUGUUUCAAAAAAAUUGCUGGAUGAUGAAUGUCUGAAUCCUGGAAAUGGUGAACAAUUAGCCGAAAAAGAUGCUGAGAGAGCUUUUUUGUUAUUCAAGUCUAUGUCACAAUUCAAUGAUCUUGAUUUUUUCUUGAAUCCUCGGAAAGCUAGUGCUGGGGAAUAUAGUGACUCUGCUAUUAAGGCAGUUGUUGCUGAUGCUGCAUUUUCUGAGGUUCCAUCCAGUAACUCAAGUGCAGCAUGUGCAUCCACUGGAGUACAAUUGCAUCAUUGUGAUGUUGUGUCAUAUAAAGUUAAGCUGUCUGAUAUUAUUGUGGCCAUUGUAGACAACUUUGAAAAGAGCUAUCUAGCCAUCUUGCAGAAUGAAAGAGAGAUGAUAAAGACAUAUAUCCCAUUUCUAGCUGAAGAAAAUUUUAAAUUGCUCAGCCUUCCAAAACAAAAAUUGAUGGACUGCAUUAAGAAAAUAAAUGCACAAGGAACCACCUCUCACAGAGAUGAAAAUAUUAAGGUAUUUUUUACCUUAUGUGCACUUAAACAGAUGGCUUGGUAUGUGUGUUUCUAUGGAAUCCAUCCAGCUCAUCAAUACGUUGACAAGUUAUGUCAAAGUUUGGGAUUCUUGAGAUCGAGACUAGGCAACCUCUGGCCCUUGAUUGAAGAUGCAGGAAGGAAAGUUGAGAGAGAAAUAACUAGCUCACAUCCGUCCCUGACAUUGAUCCAGGAGAUUUUGCAUUCAAGCACCACCCAGGGUAAUUUGAAAGUGUUGAUUGUGGCUGAAGAAAUUUUCUGGUGGUCAUUGAGGAGUUUGUUGAUGUCAGUGGGAUUAUCAUUUAGUGAGUUUGAGAAUUAUUAUGCACAUGCAAACCAAUCAGAUCUACUUAAAAAUGAUGAAGACUUCAUCAAUACUAAAAUGGAUGCCUUGCUGGUUGCAGAUUGCCUAUUGGUAUCCCAUGAGCGUGUUUCUGCAUCGUUUCCCUUCAACAAAUUCGGCAUCAUCUUGGAAUAUGGUGGUUCGUAUGGCUCAUCUAGAAUAAACUAUCUUUCCCCAAAGUUGGUAGGGUUUCCUCGACUUCACUUCUUGAAAGUGGAACUGGAUAAAUCUAGUGCUUCCAAAGCACUCUGUGAAGGUGUUGAUAUGCCCCGGAUCACAGAAAUGACAAUGUUAACUCUGCCCUACAUGACAAUGGAAAAGAGCGAGAAUAUGAACAUCCAAAAGCUAGAGAAACUGAUAAACUUUUUGCCCAUUGAAGGCAAGUUCACUAUGGGACCCUUGGGAGCUGCAGAUGAAGCAGAAGCUUGCUGUAUGCCUCUGCCAGUUCCCACUGUGCCAUUUGCUAUGGAAUCAGAGAAUGUUUCACAAAUCAUGGUACCUUCCCCUGAAAGAAUCAUUAUUGUGAACACUCAAAUUUUUGAUAAGCAAAUGAUAGUAUCUAGAAGAAGUACCUACCAAAGAAUUCUUGCAAUGGAGAAAGAAGGAGCACAAGUUGUGGAACGAGAUUCAGAUUUGCCUGUGGAUGUUAUAAUCAGUUCUGCUAUUUGCCUAGUGUGGUAUGAUUGCAGAAACAUUGGAAAGAAAGCAGCUGCAUUAGAUGAGGCUUCUUCUUGCUUACCUUUGUGCAUUGAGAAUGUUGCAUCAAAUGUUUUAACAUUGCUGAGUUUUACUUUCAGUGGCUGCUUUCUGGUCUUCGAGGGAGAAAUCAGCUUCCUUUCCACCAUAAUGGAAUCAUCAGAUGGACUCUAUGCUGCAGCAGCGAGCCUGGGAAUUGAUUUACAGAUCUUUUGCUCCUAUUCAUCUGAGAUGACUGAUGAAAUUAUAUUGAGCUGCAUCAGUUAUGCCACUAAGUUGACUAAGGGCCUAUAUCCUAAAAUGCCUGAGUCAGAAACUCUUGCAGAGUCAUUUCUCACGAAAUUUCCUUCCAUUAAUCCUUUGAUGGCUCAUGCUAUAUUGUCUUCAGGAGGCGUUCUCAUUGAAUUUCUUGAAUGGUCACCUGAAUUCAGGACCCGUGCAAUCCAAAAAUAUAAUGUUUCUGAAGAGAGUGUCAGAUUGUUUAGUGCUUUGUGCAAAUACGGUGAGCGGGAGGAUUCUAAGUCAAUAAUGACAGACUGCUCCUCAGUAUCUUCUGGCCCUGACUCAGAAAAGUGUCAUUUUAAUAUUGGUUCUGGAAGAAGACGAAAAUACAGCGGUAGCCCUCACAAAAUUGACUUACAUAUGGAUGCAUUAGUGAAUUUCGAGACAUUAUACAAAUUCCCUGAUGACGCCUUGGAUCCUUCUCCAUUGUCCAAGCCAAAUAAUAUGUGGAUGUCAAAAGAUCCUAAGAUAUUUGAUCGGUUCAGAAAACCUAGUACACUUCCGAAUGGGCUUUUUGGUCAAAAACAGGGAUUGGAUAUGGAUAUGUUGACAAAUCCCUCCAGUUUACCCAAUCCAUGGGAUUCUCAGUUCUCUAAGAGUCCGCAGAUGUCAAAUGAAAUAAAAAGGCCCUAUUUCUCUUUUAGUGAUAUAAUGCCCGGUCAUAAUCAGGUAUCAGAUACUGCUAUGAUGAACAAUUUGGAUUGGCAUGGCAUGAGGAAAUCUGAGAAUCAGAGUGGGGACAUUAUAGGUGAAGUUAUUGAUCUUACUGAUAGUCCAGUAUCAGGUCAGGAUUUUUCCUCUAUUGGUAGUUCCAUGAAAUUCUCACUUUCUGUGCCUGAGAGGGAUAAUUACUUGACAAGAAAGUCUAAAACUGCUAGAAAAUUGUCAUUUGGUAAAAGCAGUCACCCACCUUGCUCAGUGGCUGCUGAGAUUAACUCAAAUUCAGAUAUCUGGAGUUUUAAAAAAGUUCAGAGGCAAGAUUUCCCAGAAGUAGCCAAUGAUUACCAAGUGCUCUUAGAAGAGGGCUCAACAGAGAGAACUGUAGCAGAUUCAAUGGGGUUAGCAUUCGAAGAGAACAAGAUAUCAUCUUAUGGGGCAACACCGCUCUCAAAUGCCCUCAGUUCAACUCAUCCGCAACAGAAUUCACCCUGGACGAUAGAAUUUCUUAACAGAAUCAGGGAAAAAAGCAGAUUGCGUCAGCAGUCCCUUCCAUGUGACACAUCUUCUCCUUGUUUAGGGUAUUCAGGGAAUAUAUCAAAAGUUUCUAAGAGAAAAAGUCCCUCUAUUCUUGAAUUUUACAAGUACCAAGGAAGCAGCAUGCCUAGACCUGAACAAAAGAGGCAGAAGAAAUCUGUACAGUCAUCAAACUCAUCCAAAAAUAAAAAAGCUUCAUCAUCUGUUUUUCCCACAUGGACCCCUUCUGACAAGAGAGCACGAAAGACGCUAUCUUUUGCAAUGAAUGGAAGUGGAAGCCAAAGUAAGCUGGUCUGGAGCGAUGGAACUCAUGGUCUGAGUAAAAAGUUUCGGAAUCAACUAUAAAAUGGCGAGGAAGUUUUUCAGCAACAUCAAUUAAUUUAAGAUUGUGACGAGAAAACUUCAGCCAGCUAGAGUGCAUCUGUUUUAGACAGAGACAUUGCAACAUGUUUCGAAGCAUAUAAAUAAGGGGCGUCUCAAUAGACGGCGCCAGAGUUGGCAAACUUGAGGGGCAGAGAAACAGCGGACGGCUUGGCUUCUGCGGCAAAAUCUGUAAAAUCAAUUGAAGCUUCUCCGAGAUAACCAGAUUUCGAUGAUCCCUGCAAGAACACAUCAACUUGCC